CUGUGAAAUCCAUUAGUGAUUCACUGCGUGUCUCUGUUGGUUUUCUAGAAGAUUCUGAUUUUCUAGAAGAUUCACUAAUUUAUGAAGUUAUUUUUUGGGAAAACACUUCUAAUAUUGAGGUAAAAAGACUAUGUAGUAUAAUUUUAUAACUAUGAUUUGGGUAAAUAAGGCUUAAAUGUAAAACCUGGGGAGCCAUUUAAACUUUUUUUAAGAAAAAUAUGGUACACUUCAUGAAUUUGCAUGUCAUCCUUGCACAGGGGCCAUGCUAAUCUCUGUUCCAGCUUUAGUAUGUGUGCUGCUGAAACAAGCACGAGACAUUUAAACUUUUAAGACUGUAUGACUAAUUCUGAUUAUCUGCAGUAUGAAGAAUACCAGCAUUUUUCCGUGUUUGGCAUGGGAAGUUUGGAUGCCCUACACCUGGGACCAAGAUUGCUUUUCAAAUGCAGAUUCUGAGCCAGUGCUGAUGAAUCAGAACUCUUUCCAACAUGGCUCUGGUACUCAUCUCGGCAGGGUUUCUACUGACAUCUGAGCACAGAUGUCCUGUACUUCAGUGGCAUCUUAGCAACACCUCUGGGCUCUACCCUCUAGAAUCCAGUAGCAUACCCUCCUAAGCUGUGACAACUAAAACCUCUCCAGACAUUGUCAGAUGUCCCCUUUGGCACCUCCAAGGAGACAAACUUAGUUCAUAGGAGCAGGAGAGUCUUAGGUAGCACAAUGGUUUGUGGCCCUCCCUUUAGAAGAACAUGCCUCUAAGGUUCAGCUAUAUUCCUUAAUAUUUAAUUUCAUAGUGGGAAAGGAGUUUGAAAAAAAAUACUUAAAAAGGCUCUUCAGGGGGGUAGUAAAGAAAAAAAGGAUUAAGAGACACUGGGCUAAACACUUAAAUUCAAAAACCAUGGACAGAGCUGAUACAACACAUCAGAUAAUCCAUGUGAUUCCUUCUGGAAUUGCGGUCAAGGAGUCAGUCUUUAAAAUCUUUGCAGUUGAGUUGAUAAAUUCUGUAACUUUAUCUCAUUUUCUGUUGGAAAUUUAGAAUUAAAUCCCAAAGGGCUAGCUGCUUGCAUUUGAGCUAUCUGAUCACACUGUAACCGUAGGAUAAUUAGCCCAUAGAUAGAAGCAUGAUCAGUUUCCAGAUGUCCUGAGAUGAGAAAAACCUGAAUUUGUGUCCCAUGCUAACCAAUCAUGUAACUAACCAUAGGUUAGGUAAGGUGCUUACCUCUUUGAUAUUUUGGUUCCUGUUCACUAAAGUGGUAAUGACAGCAACUAAUGUUUUCAAAAGGAGGUAUAUACACUUGGAAAUGAAGUAACAUAUGUGAGAGAAAAUACCUAGUACAUUGCUUUGACAAGUAGAGCAUCAAUCAGUCUUAGUUCACCAUACUAUCCUGUGCUGGCUAUAUCAAUAACUAUUAUAUCAGCAACUCAUUUAUUGAACACCUAACAGUUUUUCAGGCAUUAUGCUCAGUAUUUCACAUGAAGUUCCUGACUUGUUCUUCAAAAUGACCCUACCAGUCUGUAUACUCAAUUAAACUGUUGUUCAUCCUUGCUUUCCUGAUGCUGGACUUCAGAUGAUGGAGCCUGGGUGGAUGUGCAGAGGCAUUCAGUGUGCCUGCAUGGCUUGGCUUGGCUCUUGUGCUUUUCCUGUUUGCCAGGAGGAAAGCAUACGUCACAGUCUAUGGACUAAGGAGGAGGAGAGGCUGGUGGAGCAGGCCUCCAUGGGAGUUCCGCGGCCAAUCCAUAGACUUGUGCAUGAGAAGAAUGAAUGUGGAGGUGGUUUUGUUAGUUACAAAGCACUGUUGUGGCAAUAGCUGACUCAUACAUGUAGUAUCAGCAAUUGUCCUGAUUUUACAGAAUAAGAAAUAAAGUAACCUUGCACAGGCCACACUGGUGGGAGUGGUAUUUUAACAAGAGAUUUGAGGCUAAAAACUCCUACUCUAAACCAUCCAGUCAUUAAUCAGAGGUAAUACAAUGGCAGUUAAGCCAAACCAACUUACUUAGUUAAUGAACUAAAUUGGAGUUGUCUUAGGAUUGUACCAUAUGGUUUUCUGGCAGCAGCAUUUUUAGUUAUAAUGGUUAUUCAAAACAAAUUCGUAGUUCUUAAUCGCACACCAAUUAAGUAUUUGGGAGAAGCCAAUCCUAAGUUGAAUGUAAAAGAAUUCAGGGACUAGAUAUUCCCUAUCUGAUUUCAUGAGGUGACUAAAUUCUAUCCAUGAUUUAAUUAUUUUUAUAGGAAAAAAUUAUGCAAAAAAGCCCUGAGUUUACUAUUGUUAACUUGCAACUGCGGACUGUAUAUUGCGUCAAAGCCAGAGUACACAAGGAUUCCCCUGGGCACCAAAGCAGUGAAUUCAGUGACCCAGUGUGCAAGAAAACAGAAUCACGAAAUUCUUCCACAAUCUGGAUUAUAGCUGGAAUUUUUGCUGUGUUGGUUUUUAUCCUAAUUAUUAUUUAUGCUGUGAAAAGUCUCCUGAGAUGUUUCAAUUAUACAUUCUUUCCAUCACUUAAACCUUUUUCAAAUAUUGAUGAGUAUUUCUCUGAACCACCAUUAAAGAAUCUUCUUCUUUUGACUUCGGAGGAACAAACUGAAAGCUGUUUUGUAAUUGAAAACACAGACGUGAUUGUCAUAGUAGAAGAAAUGAGUCAAAGUGAAGGAGAUCACAAAAAGUACAACUCACAGACUAGUCAAGACUCAGGAAACUACUCAAUUGAAGAUGAAAACAUGGAGAGCAGAACAAACGAAGAACUUCUGCGAAAGGAGACGGACUCUGAGUGACACCAGCUGCCCUGACGUGGGGAGUUUACACUCCCUUGGGAACUACCGAGAGGAGAUUUGCCUCUUGGGAAUGAAAAAACAUCUCAGAUCAUAGGUCCUUAAAACACAGACAAGCACUUAACUACUGAAAACUGAAACGACAGACCUUGGGGAAAAGUGUUCUGCAUUCUUGUCAUGCAGCCUGUCUUGGAUGAAGUGAGUUCAUUGAAGAAGGUGGCCACCAUCUUCCUAAUGACAGCCUGUGCACUCCUGUGCUGUCACAGUGUAGUUGUGCACUGUCCCCCAGUUGCUGGUUCCUACACAGGUCAUCUGUCCUCCAUUCUCAGUGUUACAGUUCACUUUUUUUCAGGAGAUAUUUGGAGCAUUUGGUCUUUUAACACUUGACUCACACCCUUGGGCAAUUUAUUUAGAAAAGUCUGGCUGCUUAUCACGUGGUUUUCUGAAAAGUAGCUUCCCUAGAGAAUACCUACAGAAGGCAGAAAAAUGAACCUUAAGAAGCAUUCAGGGGAUUCUCGUCAUUUAUCCUGGAAACACUGGCUUCUACAGGACAGUCAGCUGUCCUUAACAUAGUUUAGAAUCCAAACCAGGUAAUCUUUUACUAUACAUUAAGACUUCCUGAUUCAUAACUUAUUAAAAAGAUAGCUCUGAUUCGAAUUUGGAACCACGAAGCCACAGAGAAAUAGGUGACUAAUUACAGAAGCCAUCAUUAUAUUUUCAGAUCUCAGAAUGUGUUCCUGAUUACACACAAUAUACACAAGUAGUCUUGGGACUGAGACAAAAUGUCAGUGACAGAAAAGACAAAGUAAGAAAUAGAAUCAUUCAGUAGGAAAGAAGCAAGUGAAUUUGGUGAAAAAGUAAAAAUAGUGUAUACAAUCAAUUUUUAAUCAUUAACCCACUCCAUUUGUUUUUAUGGCUUUAUCUGUGUCACUUUUAAUACCAGGCCAACUUCUGUCCAUGUGUAGCAGUAUUCAGGGACCUCUUAGCCUCCAUCUACUUAAAAAAUGCGAAUUAUCUUAUGUGAAAGGUGACAGUAAAAAAUGCAGUGAGGCAGAAAAACCUGAUUUUUAAAGUUACAUGAGACUUUCCAAAGAUACUGUAGCUUGUUUUUCAAUUUCUUACCAUUGGGUUCUCCACAGUGUCCUCUGCAGGCAGGAAGGCUAUAGAAAUCCUGUGGCCCCUAGGGCACACUCUCACUUCAGUUGUUAACAGGACCAGUGGGAGAGAAAACAUGAGAUCACAAGGGCGUGCUGGGGAGCAGACACCACUAAGGCAGUCUUCCUCAUAGUCACAUCUGGGAAGGUGGCAUUUGUCCUGGAAGAAGGAAAGGCGGGGAGUGCGGCGACACUCGCACCCCUGCACACACACAAGUCGCAGGUGCGCCUUCUGUUCCUGGCCCUUCCACCCAGAUUCCUGGGUUGUUCUAGCAGGAAUAACUGGAAUGAGCUCAGUAAUCUCUUCCAAGCCUGUCUCUCUGCUGCAGAAUCCCUUCAGUGACCCCAACGCACUCAAGUGUUCAUCUUUGACUAGAGGCAUGUGGCUCAAAGCACAGCUUCCACCUGGCCCCCACCACCAUUGCCUUGCACCCUAUGACACUUUGAUGAUCCUGCACAGCACGUCUGGCCCUAAAAGCCCUUUCAGAUGGACAGCUUUAAAAAGCACUUUUGUAGGAUGUGGAGAAAACUCAGACAUUAAGAGAUACCAGUGAAAUUGUUAGGUCCUUAAGAGUGGGAAGCACGUGUCCUCGAGCUUAGAGACCUGGUUUUCAGUCAACAAGCAGCAGGGCAGCAGCAGAAAAAAGGAGAGGGGUUUCACUCUUCACCCACCUCUGUAAUGUUCUACAUGGUGCCUCGUCAAGAUGUGCUGCUCAGCUGCAUGGUGACAAGUAUUUUUCCUGGACAGUAGUUUUUACUUAGAAAUGCCAUGCAUUUGGGGCACCAACAGACGGCCUAGAAAUUAUAGCAUUAAUAGUUCUCAUAGAGGACAAAUGCGACCUGAGAAGUUAUGUGAACAGCAUUCUACAUAAUACGUGUGUUUGUGUACCUAAAUAGUGACGUGACCAGUAAACAUGCAUAUAUGUGUGUGUACCCACACAUUCUCAUACAUGUCAUGUGAGCCUUAUUCCAUUAGAAUGGCUAUAAGGAGCUUAAUAUGGAUUUUAAAAUUAGAGAUGCAGUUCAGAACUACAAACUUUAAGUGUCUCACUAAAAAUUCGCAACCUGUAAAAAAGUCAGUUUAGAGAUACUGUCCACGUGGUGUGCAUCUGUGGUCCCAGCUACUUCUGAGGCUGAGGCGAGAGGCUCACUUGAGCCCAGGAGUUUGGGACCAGCCUGAGCAAUGUAGCAAGAACCCAUCUCAAAAACAAAAAAUUGUAUGUGUGUAUGCAUGUAUAUAUAUGUAUCUUUCCCCAAAAGAGACUGUGAUGUUUGAAACAGCCUCGAGAUUUCUAUUUCUGUGACUGACUUCCUUAUGUUGUUGUCUCUUCCACCACUGGAGCAGUUCUGUGAGCAGGGAGUCUUAUUCAGCACUGAACCCCCAGCACUUACAACCGUGCAGUGCUUUGCACAUAGAAGGUGCUCAGAAAGUAUCUAAUGAAUGAGAUCUAAAAUUUAGACCUAGUGAGUGUUUCUGACAGUGUAUGUUUCAUUAGGUUAUAGGAGGACAUAACCAUAUUUUCAGUGUUACAAUGCAACAAAUUUGUAUCUCGUUUAUUUGUAUUUAUGUGUUAAAUUCUAUUGUAAACAAUUUUACAUAAUACUGCAACCAAAAGUGUUCUGGUUUUCUAUUUUGGGGUGAAAAGGUACUUGAACUUAAUACAUUUUUAUGUCCCAAAGGUGUUCCCACUGAUGCCUUUCAAAGGUGCAUUUCAAAAGAAGGGUGCAGUGCUGCUCCCAUCCCACACACCUUGCAGAAAUGUCUUGUUGGCUUUUUCCUUCUUCAGACCCUGAAUGGAAGACAUUGCUGGAGCACGUGGUUGUUACAUGAGAGUUUGCAAUGGCUUGCAUACUCCUUGUUGUCUGGAACUUACAAAUCUUCCUACUGUCAUGCAUUCUGAAGUGGCUCUCUCUUGUAGCUAUAUACCUUCUGCUCUCUGGAUACAGUUUACACAGUAGUUGAACACAAUUUGUAUUCAAGCUAGAAACUUCUAUACUCAUGUUUUCAGUAAGCUUCCUCAAUUUCAUUUCAUAAUGAUCAGAGAAGGAAAUACAUUCAUCUCUGAUGCCCAAGAAAUAAUAGUGACAAAUUUCAGUGGCAUCCAGUUUUUUCUUUUUCUUUUUUUUUUUUGAGAUAGGGUCUCAUUGCGUAGGUCAGGCUGUUCUCAAAUUCAUGAUCUUCCUGCCUCAGCCUGCCAAGUGCUGGGACGAGGUAUGUGCCACCAUGCCCAGCCACAUCCAGCUUUUUCUUAGAGCCUUUUUUUCUUAGGAUUAGGGUGAUCACAGAUCACAGGUUUUAAGGGCAACAUAACUACAUGUGCUUGCUUGUGGUGUUGAUGGAAAAAUAGAAAUAUCUUUUCCUUCGCCUGAGGGAAACAAAGGCAAGAAAUGAGAAACUGUUGUCUUUCAAGUCUUUAUGCAAGUCUCCUGCCCAUUCUGUGAUCUGUCCCCUCCCCUUGGAGCUUGCUUGCUAACAGGACAUACUGCAGAAGAGGUAACAAGAUAUUCGGCCAACAGUUGGGAGAAGGAAAGAAAUUGAAAAAUGACAUCACUCUGUAGCUGCUUAAAAUUAAGUGACUCAAUGACACCACCCCACACCAACACCAAAUUUUUAUGGAUCCAUCGUAGAUGGAAAGAGUUGAGGAAAUUGAAUAAGAAGAAAAAUAGGUUUUCUUAUGUUUCCAGUAGAAAGUCGUUUCCCAAUAUUGGUGCCUUGUAUAUUUGACUCUACUGUCUUUCCAAGUUGUGUGAUGCUUUUAAUACUCUAGAAAUUUCCUUAUACAAAGAGAUGAUUGUGAACUUGCGGUAGAAAGGUACAUCAGCCUCUCCAAAAUCUUCCUAAGAGACCUCCACCUCAUCCACAUGGAGGAGGCAUCUCUGCCCAUCUGGAUCUGCUUGCUCCCAGGAAGAGCAUUUCAUUCUGUUCUCUAGCAGUCUCCCACCACAUGGGAAGCUCCAUGAAAGCAAACCUUUUUUUCUUUUUUCUUUGGUAACUGUGUUAAAUUGGAACUGGGUGGAGUGUCAAAGAUGCACACGUUUUCUGGAUUCACCACUAGAGGGAAACAAUGCACCCUGUUUGAGUAUUUAAGAUACAGGUUAUUAAAUGGCUGUGUCAUGACGAAACAUGGAGCAGGCAGCAAGUAUCAUUUAAAGUUGUCAGAUGUAGCAAAUAAGAAUACAGAGCACCCCGUUAAGUUUGGAUAUCCCAAGUAAGCUGGGUGCCAGUAGCUCAGGCCUGCAAUCCUAGCUACUUGGAAGGAGAUCAGGAGGAUAUUGGUUCAAGGCCAGCCCAGGGAAAUAGUUCAUGAG